GACCAAAAAAGCCAUUGUUAGUGAGAUGUUAGUAACGGUGUUAGAGAAAAGAGGACACUGCGAUGCUUUCUUGGAGUAGAGGGAGGACAAUUGUAUGGUUGUUAAGAGUAGAAGGAUGAACAAUUUGAUAUAUGUUCUACAUGUUGAUUUGGAGAAAGCAUUUUUGCAACAUGUGAGGAGUAAGGGAAGAAGAAAGAUCUUUAAUGGCUCUGCAGGGGAGGCGGAAAAACUGUUGACUCUUGUGCAGGGAUAUGCUUCAGACAACUACAUGCAAACAGGGCAACUUGUUGAAUGGAAGCUUGUUGCAAUAAGUUUGAAGGCAGGGCGGGAUGUCUGCAUGGCGACAAGGCUGAUUUCCUUUGAAGAGGCUGGCAACUGGGAUGCCGCAGCAAGGGCUGGAAUUGAGCAGCUUGUGCCUUCUUCAGAUUUGUUACAAAAUGGUCAGGGUUCUGUGCUUCCAACAAAGCGGAUUCCCAUAAUUGCACAUGUUCCUUAACAUCUGAGUAUAUUUGCACACUAAUUUUAUUGUUAACAUAGAAAUGCAGGAAGCCGUAUGGCCUAUAUUCUAUUGGG